CGCACUUGUUGACUGUUACAUCAUUGCCAACAAACUUCCGGGUUGAUGUUAUGAUGAUCUUGAAACCAUAACAAGAAGUUGUCAAGAUGAUGGUAAUAGUUUACUGUAGCCUUUUGGCUCUGUUGCUAGCUUGUAUAGUUCUACAAGUGAUAGCACAUCGGACAAGAACAGACCCAACGAUUGGGAAUAACCCGCAGUUUCUAAAAUUCCAGAGGGGUUAUUUCGCUGUUUAUCUCCUAGCCAUGUUUGCUGACUGGCUGCAAGGACCAUACUUGUAUCAGCUUUAUUCAUAUUAUGGAUUCCAAGAAGAGCAAAUUGCAGUACUCUAUGUAUUUGGCUUUGCUUCCACUGUUAUCAUUGGAAUGUGGGCACCGUUAGCAGCUGACCAGUUUGGACGUAAGAAAUUGUGCCUAUUAUUUACAGUGUUAUAUUCCUUAUCAUGUUUUCUGAAGUUAACAAGGAGCUAUGGAAUUCUAAUCCUAGGAAGGAUAAUUGGUGGGGUGGCCACAUCAGUGCUGUUUUCAGCUUUCGAAGCUUGGUAUGUACAUGAACACAUUGAAACCCACGAUUUUCCAAAAGAAUGGAUAUCUGUUACUUUCUCCAAGGCCUCAACAUGGAACGGAGUUCUGGCUGUAACAGCAGGCAUGGUCACAAAUGUGGUGUCAGAGACAUUUGGCUUGGGGCCAGUGGCACCAUACAUGCUUGCUGUGCCGUUUCUGAUAUUUGCCGGAAUCCUGGUUUCAACACACUGGGUUGAAAAUUACAGUGGAAGUAAAGUGAAGUUCAAGAGAGCUUGUACUGAUGGAUUUAAAGGCAUCAUGUCAAAAGAGAUCAUCUUCAUGAUCGGAGCUAUUGAAGCGUUAUUUGAAAGUGUGAUAUACAUUGUUAUAUUUUUAUGGACCCCUGUAUUACAGCCUGGAAAACCAGCACUGGGAGUAGUGUUUGCAUGUUUUAUGCUGUGUAUAUUGUCUGGACAGGCUGUGUUUCAAAUCUUGAGCAGCAGGAGGAUUGAAGUUCCCUACCUUCUUAUCGUUUCGUGUGGAGUUGCCUUAUUUGCCAACAUCAUCUGUGUAUUUUCUACUAACCCUGCAAACAGAAUGGACACAAACUACAGUGUGUCCUUCGUAGCAUUCCUGAUAUUCCAGUGUGCUGUUGGGAUGUAUUUCCCAGCUAUGGGGUAUUUAAGGAGCAGAAUUAUCCCCGAUCAGCACCGAUGGAGCAUCAUGAACUGGUUCCGUGUACCGAUCAACCUCAUCUCUUGCAUUGUUCUCAUGUUACUCCACGAAGAUGCUUUCCAACACGGGAACAGAAUGAUUUUCGUCAUAUGUUCAGUUUUACUUUCACUCUCUGUUUUGUUUGGGGUAAGGUUACAUAAACUUGCUAAGGAAGAAGAAAGUCUGAAGGAAGAGAAAAUUCUAAUGGCAAGUGAACACAUUCAUAACAUUUUCUAGCCUCUUUUCAAAAGUUUACCAAAAUACUCACCAACCAAGGAUGUGUGGUUCUUAAUUUUGCAGUGCUAAUGAAAUCUUAACCAAAAUAAACACAUUGUUUUAGUUGAUGUGAGAGGGUUUGGUAUAAACAUGUUAAGAUCUUCCUCAAAUGAGUUAUGAACUUGUCAUAUAAUAAGAUGAUUGUGCUAUUUGGUAUUGACUUGUUAAGAUCAUUAUGUAUUUUGGUAUGAACUUGUAAAGAUAAUCAUGUAUUUUGGUAUACACUUUUUAAGAUCGUCAUUUAUUUUGAUAUGAAGUUGUUAAGAUCGUCAUUUAUUUUGGUAUGAUUUGUUAAGAUCGUCAUUUAUUUUGGUAUGAUUUGUUAAGAUCGUCAUGUAUUUUGGUACAUGUAUGAACUUGUUAAUAUCGUCAUGUAUUUUGGUAUGAACUUGAUAAGAUCGGCAGGUUGUUUGGUAUGAACUUAUUAAGAUCAUAAAAUAAUUUUGUUACUGCAUUUGUUUACAGUCAUAUACAUGUACUUGUUCAAAAAAGCGCACAUGACUUAAAAUAUUACUUCUCUGUUAUCUCACAUGGAAUUUACAUCAGAGGCCUAAUUUUAAAUGAAUACAUGUGUUUAAUGUUUUCUGUUUGUUUGUUAAAUUAUAUGUGCUCGAUUUGAUGCAUAUUUUGAAGUUUAAUGAAGUUGGAAUAUUUUUUCAUAGAAAUUUAAUUUUUUAUAUUCUAUUCUGUAAAUAUAUCAUCUUUUAUUAUAUGCUUUCUGGUGGUUUAUGGAGAUUUAUCAGUGAAAUAAAAACAAUAGUUCACUGUUUCAAACAGUUUUGAAAUUUUGUCCGCUGUUACGUCCAAAUCAAACGUCUGCGGGCACUUGGCAAGGACACAAUGUCAAAAAUAUUUGCGAAACCAUGUGUUUGCUUUCUGAAAAAACUACAUUAAUCUGUUUAAGGCAUAAAAUACAAAAUUUUGUUUUCGUUUAACAUCGCAAAACAAUAAGUACAAUUUUCUUUUAAAGGCAUGUAAUAAAAAAUCUCUUUUUUGUUUCAGUGUAAGAUCGCAACAAAUUUUUCAUCAUGAGCAUCAAAUUAAAAUAUUUCACUCCUGUCUAAGCCACUUUUGAAAUAUAGCUUUUGUUGGUCACUCGGUGAAUUAUAUUGCCAUCUUAUUCUGAUGCAAGCACUUAUCAUCUUUGCAUAUUGCCACUUGUCUAUUUCAUACAUCAUCACUUUUCAUGAACUUUCUAAAAAUGAUUUAAUAUCAGAUUGAAAUAUCAUAUCAUAGUGGGUUGUUUCUAAGGUGAUGUAAUGUUUAUCUGUCACAACAGUAUUGAAAUGUAAGAUAUAUCCGUAUUAAAUGUACAAAUGUCA